AUGGCGUUUGCACACCGUACAAAACAUCAGUGUCAUCUGUGUGCCUAUUCGUCAAGUGUUAAAGCUGAACUCAAGAAGCACAUCGUGGCGAAUCACGAGAAUGGGGUGAGAUGCACCAUUGACGGAUGCAAUAUCACAAUCGCAUACAACAGAUUGAAACGUCACAUCCAAGAGGUGCAUCAAGCGAAACACGACGUGAAAGCAAAGAGGCGUUGUGCAGAAACUGAGCUAGAACCAGAACAGAGGCAAGGAAUUUCUUCACGAACUGUGGAACAGAAGCACGAUCUCGAAACUACUGAUGAUGGUGAUAUGAUCGAAACGACAUCGGCUAAUCAAACUGCAGGCUUGCCUAGUGAUCACAACAGCAGUAAAGAUUUGGACAAGGGCGACUUGAUUGCGAAACAACGUGAUGAAAUGGCUGAUUGCAACGACGAGAAUAAUAAUGCAAUGCGAUCGUCUCCCGUGGCGCCAGAACUUCAUAGUAAUGAUUCAAAGCAAGACAGUCUCAGCGGCAACGAGAACUCGAAAUCAGAUGGAGCGGAUAGUCUAUCGAGUUGUUCAUCAGGAAAAUCGAGGGCAUCCUGCUCCGAAGUACCAAGUUGCGUGGCAACGUGUUCCUCCGUGCUGGACGGUCAUCAUAAGAGCGUUGGUGAUGCUGAUGGUGGAGCAGAAUCAGAUGGCGGGUCGUUCGGGAGUAGGCGAGGUCAGGAGGAUUCGUGGGAUGAGGAAUUCGAAUUGACGCAAUCUGAGCGGACGACGCGAGAGGAUGGACGUAUUGAUACGGAGGACGGGAACGAAUCGAAGGUAGACGAUGGCAUAAGACAGGGUGAUUUUAAGUGUGCGAUCUGCGGAAGAUGUUACCGAUCGCAUCGUGAUGAGAAGCGACACUAUCGUCGAGUUCACGAACGAAGUUACAAUGAAACAGUGCAAAGGAAGAAGAAAUUGGCAUGUCCACAAGAUGGCUGCAGUAAAGUCUUCAGCUUACUUGCGAAGCUACGUGAACACCAAGCCUGCCACAACGGUAAUAUUAAUGGUUUUGAUGGUGAAGCAAUCAUCUCGUGUGAUAACUGUGAACGGAAAUUCAAGAAUCGUGCAGUAUACGCGAUGGAUUGGAGUGAAGCAAUCAUCUCGUGUGAUAACUGUGAACGGAAAUUCAAGAAUCGUGCAGUAUACGCGACUCAUUUGAGACGAUAUCAUCAGAUGAGUAUCCGUGACGUGAAUUGUUCACCGCAUUUUGUGACAAUGCUCGACUGCAAAGCCGCACAACGAUCGUCGCUGUGUUGCAGUCAAAAUCAACGUGAUCACGAUGGGCAGACGAUCGGCACUAAUCGCGAAACAAAUUUGCAUUUGCAUCCCGAUAAGAGUCAAACUGAACGGCAAAAAGCACGUAAUGAUUGUGCUAUUGUUACGAACAAGGAGGCCGUCAACAAUGACUGUAAUAAAAGAAGCAAUAAUGCAACGGAGAGUGACGGUUGUUGCAUGGAUGCGAAGGUGAAUUGUGAUUUGAAAGAUGGAAAUUCUCUGGAAUUGGGUGUAUCGGACGGUUCGUCGAAAGACGGCGUCCAACCAGAGGAUUCGUGUGAUUCAUUGGCGACGACAAAAUUGUCGUCAAGCUCACAGCUGUGA